CGUCGAGCAGCGCGCACGGCCGGCGGAUGAGGCACUUGCUCCGGAAUCGCAUUCGGCAUCGGGAAACGGGCGGAGAUGGCGGUGGCCAAAUGAAGUGAGGUGAAGUGUGGUUCGGUUAUAAAUAAACAAGGCACGCGAAACAAGCCAAGAAGUUGUUCUGUGCAGAUCAGCCGGAAUCGGGAAAAUCUCCACAGUAGCUGGUCGAAGGCAUUCCUUGGCGCGCGUUGAAUAACACUGAUAAAAUAAUAUACAGAGCGCGCAAACAUAAAUAAUAUUCCACAUGCAUAGCUCGCAAAUACAUCAGCUGCUAAAAUAAACGGAGCGUUCGCAGCUCCAACAACAACGCGAACAACAGCCGCCCGUCCGCCGCUCAUGACGUCACGGGUGAGCAUCUGGCGAGGAGCAUCAGUGGCAUCACCAACAGCAGCGAAACAAUCCGAAACAAUAAACAGCGAUAGGUAGCCGGAAAUCCUUUCAGACGUCAUCGAUGCGAGUGCCGGACCAGACCCGAGCAUGUCCAGGCGCUCGCCCGUGGAAGCCCAGCCGGAACCGGAACUAAGACCGAAACGGAAACGAACCGCCAAGACAUGUCCUCCCGACGGAGCUCCUUCCGGCGGAGGGAGAAGCCGGCCUUUGAGCGCUUCAAGGACCACUGCCGCCACUUCACGGCUUUCAUGUUCAGCAACGUGGGCAUCAUUCUACUGGUCACAUUUUAUAUUAUCGGCGGAGCGUUCAUAUUCCAGAGCAUCGAGAUCUUCGAGUACGAGCGGCUCAAGUCGGAGAAGCCCCACCGGUUUAUAGCACGGAACUUCAGUGGCGAGUGCCUCAGCCGCAUAUGGGAGCUGACGGCGGAGAACAUCAGCUUCUUCGACCACCACGCCUACAGGAGACGGGUGAACGAUGUGCUUCUGGAUUAUCAGAGGGCCAUAGUGAAGAAGCAGCUGAAGGGACCCGACGUGGAGCAGUGGAGCUUCUCCGGAGCCUUUCUCUACUCGCUGACGGUGAUCACGACCAUCGGAUACGGGAACAUCACGCCGCAAUCCGAGUGGGGAAAGCUGGUGACCAUUCUAUAUGCGAUCAUAGGCAUGCCGCUGUUCUUGCUCUACCUGUCCAACAUUGGCGACGUCCUGGCCAAGUCCUUCAAGUGGAUAUACUCGAAGGUGUGCCUAUGCCGCAUUUGCCCCGGCGUGGCCAAGCGCCGGAUAAUCCGCGAGAGACGAAAAAUGCGACAGUUGGCUAGAGCGCUCCAGAUGCACGACAUGGAGAAUGCCCGGGGAAGCAGCAGCUACACAAGCACCAGCAGUACCACCUCAUCCAACAGCAGCAGUAGCGAAUACACCAGGAGUUCCCGGCAGAGUUCCAGCCUCGUGGAUAUUCCGUACACCGAGUCCGACUCGGAUAUCGAGCGGGAAAUACGCGGCAGCACGGAUGAGAUUACAGUGCCAGUCACUGUGUGCGUCUUCGUUAUGGUCGGGUAUAUCCUGUGGGGUGCGCUGCUCUUCGGUCGUUGGGAGGACUGGAACUAUCUGGAUGGAAGCUACUUCUGCCUCAUAUCGCUGAGCAGCAUUGGAUUUGGAGAUCUGGUGCCAGGCGAUCGUGUGAUAACCGCCGACAGGGAUAAGGUGGAGGUCAGCUUCAUUCUCUGCGCCAUAUAUCUGCUGCUCGGCAUGGCCGUGAUUGCCAUGUGCUUCAAUUUGAUGCAGGAGCAGGUCGUUCACAACAUUCGGGCGAUCAAGCGGGGAUUCAAGGCCUGCUUUCGAUGCAGCUCCUCCUAGGAGCCAAGUAGUCCCAAAACAAAGAUGUCGUCGUACAAAGUCAUAUUUUUACUCGCUGUUAGUGUAGGCUCUCCUAGGCUAGCUUAAGAUAGAACUGUACAUAUAACUAGACAAAUGUGUUCCUUUUUGGUAAA